CUUGUAUGAAAACGCCUUGGGGUAAAUGUGUGCACAAUUGUUUUUGUGUGUUUUAGGCCAUUAACCGUAUAAACAAAACCGUCAUUGUGAAUACCAACACUACAGGAUUUUUCGGCAAAAUAUUCCUUGCAGGACUUUGUGAAAUACUUCAACUAUACUGUGCUUUAACGAAAAAGAAAUUAUUCAUAAUUAAAUACACUGAUAAAAUGGCUUGCCGAUUGUGCUUAAAAAAACCGGGAGAUUUUUUGGAAAUCUUCAAAGAAAGUGGUGAAUUAGUUGAAGGGGGUGCCAAAGAAAUUAUAGAGAAAUACUUCCAAAUUCAGAUUACAUUCAACGAUGAAAUCUCAAAUAAAAUUUGUUUGGUUUGCUGGCGUUAUCUAAACGAAUUCCACAGAUUUUGGUUGAACAUUAAAGAGAAGCAACAAACACUGCAAAUCGUUUUUGAUUGUAUGAAGAUUAAACGCGAAGCGUCGAAAGACAGUGCCUAUGAAAUAAAUUCAACAUUUGAUGGAAAAAAUAAUAUAUUGUGUGAACCUGAGUUAAUCAUAGAUGAUAUUAAGGGGGAACCGAAUUUAGCUGGGGAUUUUGAUGAUAGUAUGAAUGAAGAUUCGUCAUUGCUGCUUCCAAAAAGUUCCGAUGUGAAAAUCAUCGCCAAUUAUAUAGCUAUUUUUCCAAUUCUUAUCCGCUCUCGGGAAGGAUUUUUCCACCAAACCGAUACUCCACUUAGGAACUAUUGCGAUGGGAAUUAUAGUAACUUUCGCAACAAAGUCUAAAGUGUUAAAGCAUAUUAUUCGGUUGCUUAAAUUUUUAAUAAAACGCAUUGGGAAAUUUAGAAUACCUCUGAGCUUGCAACUCCAGCUGCAGAAUUAAACUGCUAAGCAUAAUUGAAGCUUAGUGAAAAGCAGUUGCAAAUCUUCAUAGAA